AUGGUGCCACCACCGAACCAGCAUCACCAGCCUCAUCCUCCCGCUCUCCCAACCGUUGCGGAAUCGCGAUGGGAAGACGAGCUCUCCCCUACAUCCACAUCUACCAACGGUGCGCCGAUUUCUCCACUCUUACAACGCGGCCCGCAUUAUUCCCUGCAGGAUAAGGCGCGAGCAGCGGCUGCGUCGUCCAAGGCAGCUGCCGUGACCUCCGCCGUCAGCGGCGCCGCCGAAGCGCAGCCCAAUGCCGCACCUUACGCGAGCUCCAACUCCGAAGGGGACUUCUCCUUUUCUGUUCCUUCAGCUGACCCCGACGGCGCAACAUCCUCUCCUUCCGCUCCUACCGCUUCCACGUCGGAUCCCUGCGCAACCUCCGCAAGCGCCAACGGCGACUCUGCCAGCAGCAACGGGGGUCAGCGCGCCCCCGCACGACCGCUGCGGCCGCUAAGCAUCGAGUACCCAUCGGGAACUGCACCUGGAGCGCAAAAAUCACCGUCGAAUGCGGAGUACACAAGCAGCAGCGCAGCCAUUCCUCGGGCGAUGCCACGUGGCCGCCGCGCCGGCACGAGCCCGCACGGCUCUGGCGGUAAUCUUGGAAUAGCGGGUAUCACGGGGAUCGCGGGAAGCGCUCGCGCGGCGGAUGGCGGAGAUGACGUGGAAUCGCUGCUUUCUCCUGGGAUGCUGCAUUCUAACCACCCUAAUCUCUACCUCCCUAAUCCUAGGCCUCGCAGAAGUUACCACGUGGCGCCCGAACCGGAGGUGUUUAGGUGGCUGCAGGACAACGGAAUGAUGUCGUUUGCUCGCACCACGAAUUUCACGCACAAGCCGUUACAGGAGCAGCUCUCGGCAGGUUACCGUUAUGUACACCUCGAUGUGCUGUAUGAUCCCGAGGGGGGGCGCUACUCCUCCCCUAACGUGUAUCAGCGCAUAGACCCAUCGAACAACACUCAACUCAAUCUCAACCAGCCGGGCUACAAGGUGAUGCGCAUGCAGGAUGUGGAUUUCCUCUCCACGUGCGCCACGCUGCGCGACUGCCUGGCGGCAGUAAAAGCCUUCUCCGACCAGCACCCGCGGCACCUGCCCAUCACCGUCAACAUCGACUUUGGCGACGGCUUCCCACUGCUGCGCAAGCUCACUAAACUGCUCACACCGCCCCUACCCGUCACGGAACAGAGCCUCCUGGAUCUCGAGCUCGAAAUCCUCUCGGUCAUCCCGCGCUCGCAGAUCAUCACACCCGACGAGGUACGCGCCUCCCACGAAACCCUCGCCUCCGCCAUCGCAACGCGCACCGCCUGGCCCGCACUCUCCGCCUCCGCCGGCCGCUUCCUCUUCCUCCUCUCCGACUCCAAAGCCCUUCCAGUAUACCGCCAAAUGUCGCCGUCCCUCGAGGGGCGCGUGCUGUUCACUGCACAAACAGCCGCAGGAGAAGGAGACAUCCACAACACCCCGGACCAAGCUGUUCUCAUCGUAGAAACGCUAGACUCCCUUGCGGCGGAUAAAAUCGCCUCCGGGCAUCUGGUGGUGUGUCCGGUUGCGCCGAUGCGGUCGGAACUGGCGGUGUUCAUGUGGGACCAGGCGGUGAGGUCUGGGUGCCAGAUCAUCACAGUGGCUGAUCUGUGGAACGAGCAGACGGAGAAACCCGUUGGGACAGGGAGUGACGGGACAGAAGGGGGGCUCCCGCGGAGCAGGCGGGGACAGGAAGUGCCAGCACCGUCGUCGUCGUCGUCGUCGUCUUCCUCCUCUGCAGCAUGGGAGUUUGCGUCAGUGACGGCGGCCGAUCAAGGGCCGGGAGGGGCAGGGUUGGGUGGUGUGGAUAAGGAGUGGGAGGUGCAGGGGCUGCAUGGGGGCCCGUUGCUGAAGCUGCCGCUGCUGGUGGACGGAGGGGAGGGCGUGCAGGCCAAAUGCCUGAAGCAUCUCAACAAGGAAGAGUGUGAGAAGCCGCAGUGGGUGAAGUUGACUGAGCCUGUUCCUGAAGAGAGGUAG